UUAGCUACGUUGCUAAUUACUUCCUCCGGUCAAAGGACACCAACAUGGCCGCCGCCUUCUGUGGAUAACGUUUCUCAAUGUUAACUUUUAUUUGAAUAACCGUCACACGGAGCCCCUAACGAUCCACACCUCUAGUCAACAUGUUCCAGGUAAUCGGCGGGAGGACCGUCCAGGCGGUCCGGCUCUUUGCACCCAGGAGCGCCGUGCUCGUGGAGGCUGUCCGCGGCAGAAAGUCCCGCACCGAUCCGGUGGCCAAGUCCAAAGAGGGGCGAAUCAAAGUGCCUCCCCCGGUGGACCCGGAGGAGAUGGUCGUCCUCAAGGAGAGAUACUCGGAGUACCAGAUGAUCAUGAAGGCGCUCCGUAUGGAGUUUAAGGAGGAGGUGCUUCGUAAAAAGUACGAGGAUGAUCGAGGCUCCAAGGCGGAGGAGAGGGCGAGGCAGGACGCGGCGGAGCAUCGCGUCCUCAUGGCCUUUAACGACCAGGAGAACCAGCGUCUGCUCGCACUCCGGAUCACGAGGAUCCAGAAGGAAAAUGAGGAAGCUGAGCGGAAGAAGCUUGAAGCGUCCGUUCAGCGCGAACAAGAGCAGCAAGAGUUCCUCCGAGAAAAAGAGAAGGAAGUUUUGAAGUUGCAGGAGGAUGCAAAGAACUUCAUCACCUUGGAGAACUUGGAUCAGCGUAUAGAAGAAGCUCUGGACAAUCCAAAGAAUUACAACUUUGCCAUUGACAAAUCAAGGAGAGUUGUUAAAAAGACGACGCUGGAGUGAAAAGACGAAGGAGUCUGCUCCUCCCUGGAAGCGGAUUAUCUUCCACCAAACACAGAAAACAUUCAGCGUUGGAAGAUUAUCGUUCCCGUCAACCUGGAAACAUCUGAGACUUCUUCAUGAGCAGAUAACUUGUGGAUUAAAGUGAUUUCCUGCCUUCAUUUUGCUGCUUUGUGUUGUUAGAGUGCUGUACCGUCACCAGUCACAUGUUCUUUUGACCGUCACUGUCUUCUCAUGGAAAUAAAUGUUUUCUGGACACUUAAA